CUCAAGGAUGGCGUACCCAAAUCAGUACCAUGAAUUCUCUAGAGACCCUUCUGAGGGCAGCACCGCGCACAAGGCUCUGUUUACCGACCUAUCGGUUGCCGGCAAGGCCAUCCCAGCUAUGGAAGAGGGAUAUUGCAACGAAGAACAAUGUAGACAAGAAAUUAAUUGAAAGGUUACCCUUGGCUGGCAUCAAGGUGCUGGAUAUGACCAGGGUGCUUGCAGGGCCGUACUGCACCCAGAUAUUGGGGGAUCUUGGUGCAGAAGUCAUCAAGAUCGAGCAUCCAACAAGAGGUGACGACACCCGAUCAUGGGGACCACCAGAUGCGCCCUACAAUGACGGCGUCGAGCGUCAAUUCCCGGGAGAGAGCGCAUAUUACCUCUCCGUGAACCGCAACAAGAAGUCUCUAGCCCUCUCCUUCAACAACCCGACUGGCACAUCGAUCCUUCACUCGCUCGUUCGCCAAUGCGACAUUCUUGUCGAGAACUACCUCCCUGGGUCCCUAGCAAAGUAUUCCCUUGACUACGAUACCCUCUCAGCUCUCAACCCCUCGCUCAUCUACGCCUCCGUUACAGGCUACGGUCAAACAGGCCCAUACCGCGACCGCGCAGGCUACGAUGUCAUGGUUGAGGCGGAAAUGGGCUUAAUGCACAUCACGGGCGAGCGAGACGGGCCACCAGUGAAGGUCGGCGUUGCAGUCACAGAUAUCAUGACGGGAAUGUAUACGGCGAUUGGGAUACAAGCGGCGCUGUUGUCGAGGAAAGAGACGGGCUUGGGGCAGUGGAUUGACGCGAGUCUGAGUGAUUGUCAAGUCGCUGGGUUGGCGAAUAUCGCGAGUAGCUGUCUAGUGACUGGAAAGAAAGACAGCGGUCGAUGGGGAACUGCUCACGCGACAGUAGUACCAUAUCGCGCCUACAAAACGAAAGACACAAACAUCGCCGUCGGUGGCACUAAUGAGAAGAUGUUCGGUAUCCUAUGCGAUAAACUUGGCAAACCAGAGUGGAAGACAGAUCCACGCUUCAUCACGAACGCACUGCGCGUCAAACACCGCGAAACCGUGGACCACCUCAUUGAAACCCAACUUCAGACUAAAACAACACAAGAGUGGCUGGAGAUAUUGGAAGGCAGUGGUAUGCCAUACGCAGCGGUCAAUGACAUCCAGGGCACGAUAAACCACAAGCAUGUAAUUGCGCGCAACAUGAUAGAGGAGGUUGACCAUCCUGCUUGUGGCCCACUGAAGCUAGUCAAUCACCCGGUCAAGUAUUCAAGAGCAGAACCGAAGAUCCGUUCGCCGCCGCCAUUGCUAGGUCAGCACACAGAUGAGGUCUUGAGAGAAAUGUUAGGGUUUGAAGCAGAGGAGAUCAAAGAAUUAAGAGAGAGAAACAUUGUAGCAUAGCGAUAAAAUUCACUUGUUCAGCCUUCGAAGGACUUAAAAUAGGG